AUGCAGCCUCAACGCUUUAUUCUUCUUUCAGCCACAUUAUUGCCUUCUGCUCUUGCCGUCGAUGCUCCCAUCGAAGGGUACGGAGUAGUUGUCCCCGAAUGGGAGGUCGAGGUGACCUCAGGGUCAACGGCAGUACUUGGGGGGACAAUAGAGGAGAUCCACGAUGAGCUUCUCCUGUUGAACCCCCAGUGGGACGAAGAGUACAUGUCCAACUCUACACAGUCCGAUGCCAAUACUGAGAAGAGAGAUUCUGACAUGCAUCUCUUUGGCCGUACCGACUUCAAAGGGGCGAAAUACACAUGUCGUGGCCGCUGGCCCGAAUGCCACCCAGCUCCCAUUGUUACGGGCAUAGAGUACCUUCGAUAUGUUCAAGGGAAGCCAAAGAAUGGUCCCGGCCCCGGAAACUGUGGCCGAGUAAGCUGCUCCAACAACGCUGCGAUCUGGUGGUGUAAUGAUAACGCCAGCUCCAAAAUUUUGAACGGUUUUGGAAGUAUUGCUGAUGGGGCUGAAUAUAUUAAUGACAAAUGCACACGAUGGGGUUGGCAAAAUGGAGGCUAUCGAAGUUUUGUGUCGGGACAGGUGUUCCACAGCACUAAAUGGAAUGUCAUUGUGCGAAAGGACAAGUGCUAG